UAUGUCGUGUUACCUUCAUCUAUACCAGGAUUUUCUAUCAAAAUGAAGUAGAGGAAGAGUUUAUUUAUGUAUCUUCCCAGGAUCGUUUACAUUAUUUUGAAUUUGUUUUGCAGAAGUGAAUCUAUAUAUAGAAAGCUAUGCCUGAAGCAACACGGAGACAUAAUUGUACACAUAAACUUUGUUUUCCCCAUACCUUCUCCAUAAAGAACCAUUUCUGUAUUUCUUUCAUAUCAAGAAUCUUUCACCUGCUUCCUAUGAAUUUCAACAAUUCUGAUACCCUUUGGUGAAAAUAGAUCACCGGAGUAUCAAAGGAGCAAGCUUUUGUGUGUUCAGUAAAGUGGGUUGUGAUGGAACAGAAACACGUGUUGUUGUCAGCAUUGAGUGUUGGGGUUGGAUUGGGUGUAGGACUUGGAUUGAGUACAGGACAGGCUGUUCAAAAAUGGGUGAGAGGGAGUUGUGAAUCAGAUGAGAUUUCUGGGGAGCAAAUUGUGCUGGAGCUGAACAACAAAGUCAUUGAUGGGAAGAACAGCAAAACCACAUUCAAGGACUUUCCUUAUUACUUAAGUGAAAGAGACCAAUUUUUGUUAACAAGUGCUGGAUAUGUUUAUUUGAAACAAAACUUUUCCAAGCACAUGAGGAACCUUUGUCCAGCUAGCAGAGCUAUGUUGCUUUCUGGACCUGCAGAACUUUAUCAGCAAAAGCUUGCCCAAGCUUUAGCUCAUCACUUUGAAUCGAAGUUACUGUUGCUAGACAUAAUUGACUUCUCAUUGGAGAUGCAGAGGAAAUAUGGAUGUCCCCGAAAAGAACCGUAUUUUAAAAGGUCCAUUUCUGAGGUGACUUUGGAGCGAGUGUCGGAUUUGUUUGGGUCCUUUACAAUCCUCCCUUCAACUGGCAGAAUCAGAGGUACACUACUUCGACAGAGUAGUGAAAUUGAAAAUUCCAGCAAUCCUCUGAAACUUUUUAGGAAUGCCUCUACUGCAUGUGAUACGAUUAGCUCUUCUCAAUGUGAUCAAUCAGAUCCAGCUCCUUUGAAGGGCACAAGCGGCUUCUGUUUUGAUGAAAAGCUCUUCGUGCAAUCACUUUAUAAGGUCUUGGUUUCCAUCUCGGAAACCAGUUCCAUUAUUUUAUACAUUAAGGAUGCUGAGAAGCUCUUUGUUCGAUCACCAAGGCUACACAAUUUGUUCCAAAAUCUACUAAAGAAACUUUCAGGACCAGUACUAAUACUCGGUUCGCAGAUAUUGGAUCAUGAAAAUUAUAAAGAAGUUGAUGAGAAGCUCACAAUGUUAUUCCCUUACAACAUUGAGAUCAAAGCACCUCAAAAUGACAGCGAUCUUGCAAGCUGGAAAACCAAACUGAAAGAGGACACGAAAACAAUUCUGUUUCAAGAUACCAGAAACCACAUUGCUGAAGUACUUGCAGCAAGUGAUAUUGAUUGUGAUGACUUGAAUUCCGUCUGCCAUUCUGACACUACGCUGCUCAGUAAUUGGAUUGAAGAGAUUGUGGCAUCUGCGGUUUCUUUCCACUUAAGGGAGACUAAAGAUCCAGAAUACCGGAAUGGAAAAUUACUUAUAUCAGCCAAUAGUUUGUCCCAUGUGUUAAGUUUGUUCCAGGAAAGUGAAAGUAAUUCGGAGACUAAAGAUUCAAACAAGGAUGUUCCUCCUGACAACGAGUAUGAGAAGCGCAUGAGAGCAGAUGUUGUGCCUGCAAAAGAGAUAGGAGUUAGAUUUGAAGAUAUUGGUGCAUUGGAUGAUAUUAAAGAAAUACUUCAAGAUGAAGUCCUACUUCCCCUCAGAAGACCAGAUUUAUUCAAUGGUGGGCUUUUGAAGCCUUAUAAAGGUAUAUUGCUUUUUGGGCCUCCUGGUACAGGAAAAACAAUGCUUGCAAAGGCAAUUGCAAAUGAAGCUGGAGCAAGUUUCAUCAAUGUCUCAAUCUCGACCAUCACUUCAAAAUGGUUUGGAGAAGAUGAAAAGAAUGUCCGAGCUCUGUUUUCACUAGCAGCAAAGGUUGCUCCAACUAUUAUUUUCAUUGAUGAGGUUGAUAGCAUGCUUGGGCAACGGACUAAAUCUGGGGAGCAUGAGGCAAUGAGAAAGAUUAAAAAUGAAUUCAUGGUCCACUGGGAUGGCCUAUUGUCAAAACCUGGUAAGCGUAUUCUGGUUCUUGCUGCAACUAACAGGCCAUAUGACCUUGAUGAAGCAAUUAUAAGACGGUUUGAGCGUAGGAUCAUGGUUGGUAUUCCAUCUGCUGAGAACAGGGAAAUGAUCUUGAAAACUCUCCUAGCUAAGGAAAAAUAUGAAAAUAUUGACUUUAAAGAGCUUUCAAUCAUGACAAAAGGAUAUACUGGAAGUGAUCUUAAGAAUUUGUGCACGGCUGCUGCUUAUCGACCUGUUAGAGAGCUACUACGACAAGAGAGGAUUAAGGAAAAUAAGAAAACGGAAGCAGAAGUUCAAAUCUCAGAAAAUGCAUCUGAUGCUAAAGAAGAUAAAGAAAACCGAGUUAUUACUUUGAGACCUAUAAACAUGGAUGACAUGAGACAGGCAAAGAGUCAGGUGACUGCUAGUUUUGCAGCAGAAGGAUCAAUAAUGAGUGAGCUUGAGGAGUGGAAUGAUUUGUUUGGAGAAGGAGGUUCAAGGAAGAAGAAGCAGGAGCAGCUUACUUAUUUCCUUUAAAUUGUGGAAAUCUGGUUUUGUUUUGGGCAUGUCAGAGUAUCUAUCACCAAAGGAUACCCUUUAACCAGGGAAGGAAUCCUCAUCAGAUCAGAGAUAUUGAACAAAAAGUACGAAGUGUGCAAAGAUCAGAAGUUAGAGAGAUUUAAGCAUCCCUGAAACGCUAUCUGGGUCCAAAGAAUGUGUAGAUCCUUAUCAUGCAUCAUGUUUGGGAGAGGGUGCUCAAUUAUGGUUUGCAUUGUCUGAAAACCAGUGGAAACAUGUAUGCUAUAUGUUGUUGGGAAAUUGGAAUAAUCUAUCACAGACCUUUUAGGAAUAUGACAGAUUAUAUACAAGUCACUGUCUGAGAGUAGAACUUUGUGAAUGGAUUGUGGAGAUGCAAUGCUUAUAAAUCAAAUUCUACAAGUAUCGUGUAUAACAUAUUAAAUAUGUGUUAAGAUUUGGAUAGAUGUCAACUUUUUGUGCAA